AUGGCCAAGAGUCAUGUAGUCAUUCAGUUUGGCUCCAAAGUUAUCUGUAUUGGAAAAUGUGGAGAGCCUGAACCUCUCUUGACUCAUUUUUGGUCUCCUGAAGUUGCAUUCAACAGAGUUAUAAUGGCGAGACUUUUCCACAGCUGGUUUCAGCAACCGUUGAUGGUCAAAAGUACGGAGACAGACGUUUUAGUGGUUGAAAAUGUAUUGUUACCAAUUGACAAAAAGCGAUUGAUUUGCCAAGUUCUCCUGGAAAAUCUGAGUGUCGCCAACGUCAAAUUCGUUCCCGAUGUCCUGAUGUCGUUGGUUGCAGGUGGCUUGCGGAAUGGAAUCGUAAUCGAUUGGGGUUGGGAGCACUUAUUAGCGACUCCAGUAUGUGACCUCAGGGUUUUAGAACGAGAAAUGCAAGUGAGUGUGAAAGGCUGCGAAAAACUCUGCGAGGAGAUCUACAAAUUGGUGGACUCGGAUGUUAAAUUAGAGACAUUAUUGAAACAGGCGUGGCAAGAUGGAGAACGAGAUGAAACUAUAGAAAAAGUACGACAUCUGAUCGAUCAAGACUUCAUAGGACAGGGAGAAUCGGAGUGUGACUUUGAUUUGGAUGAGUAUCCGGUUAUUCAAAUGCUGAGAAAAAUCUACGAAAGCCUGGCACUGGACAUUCGCAAAAAAUUGACGAAAAACGUUAUCGUUACAGGACUUCCGUCUUGGUCUCCAGAACUGAGGUCUCGACUUCAAGAUCUUCUACCACAUGAUUUCCGGAUUGUUGACACUCAAGGGCCUUGGGUCGGGGGAAGCUUAUACGCCGAGUUGCUUAUCACGGCUGAUGCCCUUCAGCCUAACAAAUCGGACGUACGUAGUACUACGGAACAAGUUAUCAAGAAUGAUUGGCAUUUACGCAAAUUUGAAUAUUUAAAGAAAUGA